GGUAUUUCCAUUUCCAUCCGUUGCGUUGAAAAGUCGUCUACCUCCCCACCACAGCAAACCCAUAAAAAACGACCGAAACUCCCUCCCUAUCUCUCCAAACCCUAACCCUAAAAAUCCAAUUUCUAAAUUUCAAAAUCCAAAUCGAUUCUAAUCGUAGUCUUUCCCACACACGUGUUCGUUACUCUCUAUCUCUCUCUCCAAAUUCCCAUGGAAUCGAAUUGGAACUCCCUCAGCUCCGAUCUCACAGAGCUGAUCCUCUCCUAUCUUCCGAUCCGAUCUAUCAUCGUCGCCUCGGCCGUCUGCAAGGUCUGGCGGUCCGUCGUCACCCAAUCUUCCUUCUCGGCCCGCGUCUCCCCCACCAAGAAGCCCUGGUUCUUCAUCUGCGGCCAGAACAACAUCUUCCCCAAGAACAAUCAGGCAUUCGGUUUCGAUCCCGAAUCAAACGAAUGGAUCCGAUUGCCGACCACUCUCUUUCCCCCGCGGCCCGCCCAGGACGAAUCCUUCAUCGGCUCCGGCGGCUUCUUUUUCAUGACCACUUCCUCCACCUCCAAAUUCAGCUACGCCCCUGUUCUCAAAGGCAGAUCCUCCUGGCGCGAAACCCCGCCUCUCCGCUUCUCCCGCUGCAAUCCCCUCGUCGGAGUGUUCACCGCCGGCUCCCGCUCCAAAUUCAUCGUCGUUGGCGGGGUCCGCUUCAUCGACGGCCUCGUUGGCAUCGAAGACCGCCUCGCUGUCGAGAUUUACGACCCCGAUUUGAAUUCCUGGGAGCUCUGCCCUCCCCUGCCCGCCGGCUUCCGGUCGAGAAAUUCAACGCAGUGGCUGACGUCAGCGCUCUUCAAGGGGAAGUUCUUCGUGUUCGGAAUCUACUCCUGCUUUGUGUCGUCGUUCGAUCUGAAUCGACGGUUGUGGAGCGGAGUCCAGACGCUGCGGCCGCCCGGGGUUUCGUUCUCCUUCUUGAUCGCUUGCAGGGACCAGCUGGUGCUAGCAGGGCUCUGCAACACUCCGAGCGGGCAAUCCUUCAAUCUGUGGAGGGUUGACGAUCGGACGAUGGAAUUCAGUGAGAUUGACAUCAUGCCUCAGGAGCUUCUAUACUGCCUGUUCGACAGCGAUGAAGACGAUAAGUUUGCGAGCUUGAAAUGUGUGGGGUUGGGGGAUCUCAUCUAUGUCUUCAAUGAAGAGCCUCACAAGAAAUACCCUGCCUGCGUGUGCGAGAUCAACGGCCAAGAUUCAAGAUGCAAAUGGAAGAAGGUCCCUGAUCUGCCAGGCCCGGUGAAUCGGUUCCAUAAGCUUAGGAAGCUGGCUUUGGCAGGAAAUCCGCGUCCGGAAGACACUCCUUACAUGGCCCCACGAUGAUGCAUUUAUUAUAUCCACCCCGGUAAUAGAUCAUGAGCCAACAAUUGAGUCAUAUCCGGCUCAAGUGGACCACACCACAUAUACAAGUGGGACCAUGAUUCUCACUGUUAAAACAUUCAUAGGGCUCAAAAUGACUUUUAUUUUUCAUCCAAUCUGCUGAUAAGGUCACAAAAAUUUGGAUGAAGAGGAAAAACAAAUAUUACAGUGAAUCCAAAAUUUCUGAUCCCAAAAAGGAUUUCAAUGAUAGAGGCUCAAUGUCCCGUUACUUUUUGUAGUGGUCCAUUUAAUCUUUAGAUCUAUCUUAUUUUCCGACUCAAUUUCCCACUA